AUGUCGGUAAUGCUCGAAACUUCCUUGGGGGAACUGGUGAUUGAUUUGGAAGUGGAUAAAUGUCCGAGGACAUGUGAGAAUUUCUUGAAAUUGUGUAAAAUAAAAUAUUAUGCUUUGAAUGCGUUCUUCAAUGUAUCAAAGGAUUUUAUCGCUCAAACUGGAGAUCCAACAGCUACAGGAACCGGAGGAGAAUCGCUUUCUUCGUAUCUGCAUAAUCAAUCUCAGUCUCAAUCAUCAUCAAGAAAUGUCAGUUCUAAUAAUCCAGGACGAUACUUCACGCCUGAAAUAACGAAUUCACUCAAACAUCAAUCGAAAGGAACUGUCUCAAUGGCAGUAGCACCUACCAAUCCCCCCGGAUGUGGAUCGCAAUUCUUCAUCACCCUAGCUGAUGGAAUAGAAUACUUGGAUGGUAAACAUGCUGUCUUCGGUCAUGUGAUCGAGGGUUUAGAUACAUUAGAUAAGAUAAACGAAGCGUUUCUGGAUAAAGAGGGUAGACCGUUACAAGAUAUCAGAAUAAGGCAUGUUGAAAUAUUGGAAGAUCCAUUCGAUGAUCCGACCAAUUUAAUCCCAAUUCCAGAUUCUCCGCUAAGACCACCGGAUUCAUUCUCUUCUAUACGAAUAUCAGAUACGGAAGACAUAAACGCCAAAUUAGCAGAAGAAGAAUUAGAUGAAAAAAGAAGAUUGACCGCUGCCGCUUCGUCAGCAUUGACUCUAGAAAUGAUUGGCGAUUUACCUUUUGCAGCUGUUAGACCACCUGAAAACAUUUUGUUCGUUUGUAAAUUGAACCCAGUUACAGCAGAUGAAGAUUUAGAGUUAAUUUUUUCAAGAUUUGGCAAAAUACUAAGUUGCGAAAUCGUUAGAGAUAAAAAAUCUGGCGAUAGUUUACAAUAUGCUUUUAUCGAAUUCGAUGAAAGAGAAUCUGCUGAACAAGCAUACUUCAAAAUGCAGAAUGUAUUGGUGGACGAUCGACGAAUAUGGGUCGAUUUCUCUCAGUCGGUAGCUAAGAUGAGUGUCACUCAAGCUAUCUCAGGUGGACGUGGCGGUCGAGGUGGACGAGGUGGACGUGGCGGUGGCGGUGGCGGUGGCAAUCGAGGAAGAGGAAGUGGUUAUGGUGGAGGUGGAGGUGGGAGAGAUGAAGGGUACAGUGGAAGAGGUGAAAGGGAAGAAAGAUAUAUCGCGCCUACACCUAGAGAUGUAAGAGGUACAGAAGGUUACGGCAUGGUAUUUGACCAAAAUCAAACUCAACCUUCGUCGAACAGAAGAAAAAGUAGAUCCCCCAGGAGGGACAAGUAUAGAGAGAGGAGUAGGAGUAGAGAAAAGCAUAGAGAUGCAGAUAGGCACGGGGACAGAGACAGGGAUAGGAGAGAUAGGGAUAAAGAUAGUCGAAAAGAUGGUCAUAGGGACCGAGAUCGAGAUCGAGAUGGUAGAAGGGAUAGGGACAGGAGUAGAGAGCGAUACAGAGAUAGGGAUAGUAGACGCUGA